UAUGAAUUUCAUUGCUAAUUUUCUUUUCCUAAUCAUUGAUAUUAAAGUUUUCAAUUGUUUAAUUAUUCAAGAAUAUGUUUCUUGUAGGGAAGCAUUGAUGAAAACUGAAUUGGAUGGAUCUUACUCAAUAAAACCAAGAAUAAAUGGCCAAGCAGCUAAUGUAGUAUGUAGUAGAAUAAAUUCAACACAUGGUAUAGCAAUGCUGAGCAACAGUGGAGAAAUUGAAAAGGUAUUUUCAGAUACAUACGAAGAAGAAUUUUACAUUGAUAAAAUUGCUUAUGGAAAUUAUAGUGAUGAUGAUAUCAGAGAAUUUAAAAAGGGAAUGUCAAAGUGUACUCAAAGAAUACUCUACAAGAAUAAAGGAGCUGAUCUAACAUGGCAAAGACUUUUAUUCUAUGAUAAAACAUUCUUUUCCAGUUUGAAUGAUGGUCAACAUGGAAUAUGUAAAUGCUUUGUUCGUACUGUAUGCGAUAUUAAUGGUAAUCCUCAAUUGAAUUGUACAAUGACUGGUGAGAAUGGAGGCAGUGAACAAACAGAAGAAGGAGAAUUUAGUGUUAUAGAAGAUAGUUUACCCCUAAUAGAGAUUCAUACUGCUGAUGUAGGUCAUUAUAGUGAAACAAUACAUUAUACUUUAGAAAAAUUGAAAUGUAUUUUUAAAUUUAUGACCUUUGACCUCUUUAUAACAAAAAAUACAAGUUGCCUAAAUACUGAUGAACUAAUGGAAUUGAAAGAUGAAAAUAGUACAACAUGUAUUUCAAUUCCAAUUGAGCAUAUGAUUCAAUUGUACAGUAACAAGGAAGCAGAAUUAGGAGAAAUUCUAACAAAAUUACCAUUCUUAUGCAAUUCUUACAUUGAAAUAUUUAUACAGAAAGAAAAUGGUAUGAAAAUUAUUUGUUCAAUAUUCGACAACUGCAAAUUCAAGUGUCCACCAACUCAAUCCAUAAAUUUCAGAUUAUUUAAGAAAAUGGAGAUUUGCGAAAUUCUGUUAGAAUAA